CUCUCGUGGAGCCUAUAAACUAGUGAGAACAUACUGUCGCAUACAUCUAACAGAACAAUAUCCUAACUAUAUUCACUGCGAUAGUUUUGGAUGUCUUUAUACACUAUAUCCACAGAUGGAGGACCUCGAUGCUGAAGUCUGACAUUUCACAUCUCCACUCCAUUUCACCAUAUUCAUAGACACAUGCUAGUCUGCAUUGUUUGGUGACAGCCUCACCACGAACAAUAUUCCCAGAUGAAGCCUCUAUCAGUCAGUGGACCAGGAGGUGAUCUGAGUCAAGUGGAACAGGUAGGCUAUUUCAGAGGGUUACCGGACGGUGAAUAUUUUGAGUCAUGGUGUUCAAUGAGGUACUGGACAGUGAAUAGGGCACUCAGAGGGAUCUGAACUCUUGCCCUAUUCUCACGCCACUCUCCUGUCAGGGAGAGAGAACCUGGUAAGGGACGAAGAUAAAUUAGAUUCGACAAGAGAGGUUAGAUCAAGCCAAUGCUAUUGGCCUCGAGGGGCGCAGGCCAUCUUCUCCUCUCUGGCUUGUGAUAAAUACUACACAUAGUCAUCAUUGGGCAGAGCACUCUCCAGUCUCAGCAUUAAAACUGGACAGCGGUAUAAAAGCCCCUGUAGAGCUGCUCAGUGCUGCUCUGUAGGCUAGCCUAAGGAAAUCACCACUCUACACAGACCAUAAGGCCCACCAUACAUGUUCUAAAGACUGGAUUUAUAGACUGGCUUCCCUUCUGUCCAUUUCUUUCUCGAUAACACACUUGGACAACUCUGUGCUGGCUUCAGCGUUCGUGGUCUUUUCAAGAGGAUUUAUUAAAAAAAUACUAACAUGGAAAUCAACGACUUGCCUGCAGACUUCAGUUGGGGUAAGGUGUUGACCGUGGGAAACAUGUACCUGUUCACCGUGGACCUCAGCGAAUACUCUCCCAUAGAAGUUAUAAUCACCUCCUCCAAUAACCGGAUAGAAGUCCAGGCUGAGAAGGUAGGGGAAGAUGGCAGGAUCCUGCAUAAUUUCAGCCACAAGUGCACACUACCCUCAGACGUGGACCCCCUGUCUGUGACGAGCUCGCUAGCAGACUGUGGUGCGCUGACCGUGAAGGCCCGCAGGCGACCGUCUGUUCUCUGAUCAGCCUCUGAUUCAAGCCAUCAAGACCUUGAAAUGAAGUGCUCGCUUUAUAAAAGAAAUCACUACAAAAGCCAUUUGAAUGCAAUUUUAACUAUUUUUAAAUGUGAUUGUAAGGUAGGAUUUGAGGCAGUUGGAACUAGAUUGAUGUCAUAUAUAUUUUUUUCAACCAAAUAAAAAAAACAACAGCUGAUCCUGCAUCAUAAGGAACAAUAAAAC